AUGAACUUCUCAUGCCAUAUCGAGAAUGGUGCAGUGGCCAAUACCCUCUGUCUACGAACCGUUGCCUCUGAAUGUAAGCCGUUGGUGCUUUCCCGUCCACGCUGCAGGACCUUGAAGUCGAAACAUCUUCUUCUUUUAUCCGAAGUUAGGUCUGGAUGCAUUGUAUUCGCUGUAGAAAUCUAUGUGUAUCUUCUGUUCUAUGCGGAAUGCGUUGAACGUCACCUUUUCGUGUCAAAAGCAGAUACUACAGGUUUGGGAGAAGUUCGCAUAUCCAUUGCUGGUGUUGUGGAGGAGUAUCUACGUCAUUUGGUGAAGAUUCCAGUGCAAUCGUAUAUAGACGGUGCAAGAUGGAGGAGCGAACUUGGUAAAGAGCAACAAGUGGAAAAUUCAGGUCUAGGAGAUGCGACUAAGCCUUUUAAAAGUCGACAAAGUGAGAGAGGUUCAUCAUCUGUUAGCGAAUUUGACAUCGUCAACACGUUGAAUGAAUUGAGCGAAAAGCUCUGGCUGGAGCCGGGAUUUUACCAUUCGAUUCCGUAUUAUCUGAAGCAGAAAAGUCAUGUACAAGCACAGGGACAUGGGCCAGCAACAAUUGCUCGAAAAGUGCUUACUAAAGUGUGUUUGUUUACACGGUCCGCAGAAUCUUACAUUUUUCCAUAUUCUCAGAAGAACACCAAAAAGCACAUUGCCGACGGAAAUGCCCUCUUCAAGUGGUGGAUACGUGUGCUUUCAAAUAGUUUGGAUUCCACCUGGAAGUGUAAAGCCGACAUUCCUGGCUCAGAUUCCCAAGCAGUCAAAAGGUUUUUACCAGACAAAGAGAACUGGUCGAUUGGUAAUCUCUAUGUGGACGAGAUGCCUAACGAAAAAGCGGUGUAUGCCAUUCCACUUUUCCCAGAUGAUCCCAAGGGCCGCUUCUUGGAGCAUCUUAUAGUGGAAAAUAGAUACAAGACAUCCACCACUCUGCAAUUCUGGAAUGAGCUAGGUUUUCGCCAGGAAUUUCGGCUAGGCAAUGUGGUGGGAAUCAUCAGCUGCUCCGAGAGAGAGCCCCAGGUGAUCAAAGAGCAAAAGGGUGAAAAUGAUGUCUGCAUUUCGUCCAAGAACUACAAGAAGCUCAUGGAGACUAUCAAAGGCGAAGACUUCAGUAAGAAGGAGGAUAUUCAGGUAUUGGUGAAGAACACGCUUCCUUUGAUAUUUGUUGAGGCAGGGAUUGAGGUUGUCCCCAUGACGUUUACGGGAACCAUGGAGAAAACAAAAGGCCAGGCAAUUGUACCGGUGACUGUUCUUGCAGUUAAACGGAAAGGUGCGGUGAAUAACUUGACAGGUUUGGUCAAGAGAAAGAAGUAA